AGAGACCUUCUAAAUUCGGAUGGAAAUUACGUCGCACAACAUUAGGCCAUGUACGACCUCCUCAAGUAUAUUCUUGUUGGACAGCGGCUUCCUGACACCGUCGAGGCGUAUCAAUAUCGUCUUGAACUCGACCCCCUUGCCUUCAUGUGGGUCUUCGACGACAUUGACCCUCUCGUUGAGGCGUAUGCGCUCAUCAUAGCGGAUAGUUCUGAAUGCCGUGACCAUACCUACCCGACGAUACUCGACGUGGCCGCGCAAACCUUGGAAUACGCACGGGAUGCGGCGGGUAUCGAUGGCACCUCGAUCUACAGCCGUAUCUUCCAGCUUGUCAGAGACCUCGCCCACGCAACACGUCCGGAUGAGGUGCUCAUCCUCACCCAAGAGCUCGAUCAUCUCAUCGGCAAACAGAUAGACAAAGUCGAAACACUGCAAAUGCGAUCCGAUAUAUGCACCGAAGCCCUCAAGGGACUCGACGAGCAUAUGAGGCGCUCUCAAAUUACUGUCCAGCAGCGCAGCGAAGCCAUGCAUAACCUUGUCGCGCAGGCGCUUCCAAAUCCGGGCGAGCUCGAGGGCAUGUUGUCGACCCUGCGCUCGACGGUAUCAGAAGUUACCAAGAAAUACGAGCAUGAGCAGCUUGUAGCAUGCGAGGCCCCAACAUACGAGUGGCUCAACCUUUCCGGGGUCCUCGCUGCGUCGGCCAUUGCUGUUCUGCGCGGUCGUGAUGCCACUAGCACUGCGGACCUAAUGGAUAGCGUCGCAGCGGCUAUCGCCGCCGACAAUGUCAUCAACAAGGACGGGAACUCUAUUCUCGCAGACCUCAAAGCGGUAGACACCGACCUGGUUUCUGUCCUCAGCGAGUCCGGCUCGGCUAUCAACGUAAUCGAGCAGAUGAUGGGUAGCUGGACCGCAAUCUCGAGCGACCUCAGCAACCUUCUUGACAUGAUCAAGGAUGAUAUCGAGGGCGCAAACCAAUACAUUGCCAGCCUCAACGAAAAGAAGAUCAUCAGCGAUUGGAAAGAUCUCGCAGACGCGGUUGCGAAGUUUCAAGGCGCUGCCCAACCCGAAGCGCACCUUCGCAGUUUCGCACCCGCGUCUAUAUCUAUGAAUGAUCUGGCGCGUCAGUUGCGCGCGCAGGCAGGGAAGUAGGGUAGCCGUUGGCUCUGCCGUCUUGUCU